AUGCUUUUCGCCUUGAGCAUGCUGCUGAGCCAGCUGGGGCAGCAGGCCGUGGAGGUGUCCAUCCACUACAGCUUGGAGAGACACAGCUCAGUGCCCUUCGCAGAAGCUGGGCGGAAGGUGCUCCCGGCACCGUGCCAAGCGGAAGUCUGCACCUUGGAGCUGCUGGUGCCCGAGGACAUGCCAGCUCCGAUUCACGUGAUGUACCACUUGGAUCCGUUCUACCAAAACUACCCGAACUACAUCCAAUCAGGCAGCCGGAAGGGCGCCUGGCCACAGUUGACAGGCAAGAUCCUAAGUGGAGACGAGCUGAGAAAGCAUUGCCCCGUGACGGCCACCCGAGAAUCUGCUCAUGGGAGCUUUUUCCCUUGUGGCUUGCAGGCUGGGAGCUUCUUCAACGAUACCUUCAAGCUGAGACGGGCUAAGGAUCUCAAGGAACUCUUCAUCAAUGAGAGUUCUGUGGCUCGAGAAGACGACCUGAAGAGGAUGCGAAAUCCUCCGGGCUAUCCAAAUGGUGAGGAUAUGGAAUGGCUCUUCAUGCGCUACCCAGAGGUCAUCUCGUUGGCCGAAGGGGUCAAGAACCAGCGCUUUGCCGAAUGGAUGAGGCCAUCCGCCUUACCGAGCGUGCUGAAGCGUAUCGGCCAGCUGGACGAGCCCCUCAGCAAGGGUGAGACCAUCCUGGUUGAGAUAGGCCUCAGAUUUCCCGCGUCGACCAUCGAUGUGGAGAAGGAGCUCGUCCUCCUAAGUCCAAGCCCUAUCGGGGGAAGCUCACAUGCGCUCAGCCGCUUUCUUUUGUAUGCCAGUGCUUCGUGCUGGGUUCUUGCUCUGAUCGUCUUGCUCUGCGAGAAGUGUUGCAAGCGUCCGCUGGGACAUCCACGCUUCGAGCGCAUGCGCAUUGCCCAGGACUCGGAGAGCAGCGAAAGUGAUGGUGCAGUGUAA